GGGAGAGAAUACGCCGUUUUCUCCAUCGAUAUAUGUCACACCACUCGGCGGGAAAGCAAGUAUCACAGACGUAUGUCAGUGCUACAGGCGGUGCUAUAUUUCAGCAAGAGGCGCACGAAAUGCAAUCCACUCAACAGUCAUACCACACGCCAAAAGAUGAGGUCACCGGAAAGAAAGACCCACUGUCGGGGACUGCACACUCCCAGAAACCUUUGCAAAUUGCUUCUGCUGGUAUACUUGGCACCACGGAGGGAUACCACCCCUUUCAGCAGACCCGCUAUGAUCAUCUCGUCGGUGGACGACCACCCAGUCGCCUUUUCGCCCUCGUUAUCGCCAUUGAUCAAUACCAGGACGUCCGAAUCAACGACCUCCAUGGCUGUACUCAUGACGGUACUGACUUCGUCCGAUUCCUAAGGGACACUUUGCGUGUUCCCCCAAGCCGGAUUGUCCAACUCAUCGACGCUGAAGCAACACGUGCCAAUAUCCUCGACGCCUUCCGCGACCAGCUCAUCAACAACCGUGACAUCAAGCACGGAGAUGCCAUGGUGAUCUUUUACGCAGGCCACGGUGACCGCAGGGCCGCGCCUCCGGCCUGGGCCGCCGAAGACAACAUGGUGGAGACGAUCUGUCCGCACGACGAGGGGAUACCGGACGAGCAGGGGCAGACUAUCAUCGGAAUCCCCGACAGGACGUUCGACGGCCUCAUGCGGUGUCUGGCUCACGAAAAGGGAGACAACAUCCUGGCCAUCUUCGAUUGCUGUCACUCCGGUGGUGUGAUGCGCGAGAUGACUGGGACGACGCGCGCGCUCAGUCUCGAGCGCCACCGUGAACCGAUCCCAGAAGACCUCGACCAGGAGAUCUGGACGUGGCACUCUGAAGGCGCGAGUCGUGACGUGAAGAUGGUCUUCCCUGCGGGAUUUUCAUACCCAGCCAUGCGUUCACACGUUCUCCUGGCAGCCUGCCGUCAGGACGAGAAGGCACAGGAGACCCAUAUCAAUGCUGAGGGGAACACGAGGGGGCUUUUUACGCUCCAUCUGCUAAAAUGCCUGCGCAGAGCAUUUGAAGAGGAGGCGUCCCUUCCUCAACUCACAUAUGCGCGUCUCGUGGACCGUCUCCUGAGCCCCGAGGUCAUGAAGCUAUGCGGAACCUCAUUGGACGGACAGCAUCCGCUGUGCGAGGGAAAGAACAGGGAUCGGCUGCUGUUCAGUACGUCCGAGCUUAUGGGAGAGGAAAGUUCCUUCGCAAUGCAGUACGAAAAUGGGCGCUUGUACGUCUCUGCGGGGCGCAUUCAUGGCGUUGUCAAGGGCACGCGGUUCGCUGUACAGGCUUCUAAAGCCAGGUCGAUGUGCACGCUCGAUAACGUCGUACUCAUUGCAGCUCACGUCGACGGUCUACAGUGCAUCGUCCAGCCAAGCACAGCAGAUCUUCCCUUGUGUGCAUUCGACCACACAAGGGUGGUAGUGAUCACUUGGAACUCUGCGCCGAUGAAAGUCAGAACGUCCGUGCCUGUUUCACAGCAAGGCCUGCUGAAUUGCACGGAGGUAGAGCCGAAGGAGUAUCAUGACGUCUCCAUCGAGAUGGGCACCGACUGUUGGAUCCUCAGUCGGUUCGAUCCAUUGACAUUUCGAUACGCAGUCCAGCAACAGAUCUUCAAAUUCACGGAUAUCUCGCUGCAGUCCGCAGAAAUACUGGAGGCCGUUGCACGCUGGAAUUUCUAUUUGUACCACUUCAGCGAUUCUGGGCCAGACGACGCAAAUCUGCAACCAAGUGUACAACUGCACCGUCUUGAGGACAAGUCGGAGGCAGGGAGCUUGUGGCCGCUCCUUGCACAAUCCGGUGAUGAUCUGUUCGGAGCUGCGAAGGGUGAACCAGUCUGGGGCUCCCCUUUGUCGGCGUACAAGGUACCGGGGUUGGUGAAAGAAGCGCUUCUUCAUGACAUGGCACCGUACUAUGGCCUAACACUGUUUAACACCUCUGAGUACGAUCUCUUCCCCUAUUUGUUCUACUUUAACCCCUCUACUUGUGCCAUACAGGCUUGGUACCUACCCCACGGCAGCCAAGUGAAAGCUCCGCUGCCUCAACGGAGUGGCAAGGGCGUACCUGGCAGGUUGUCUAUCGGCUAUGGCUCUGGGGCGCUGAUAGCAUCAAGUUCUGGCUUCCUGCGAACGUCGAGCGAGAUACUGGCUUUCUCAAGUUAUUUGUCUCGACGUCGUACGUCGACAUGAGGAGUAUUCAACAAGACGGCCUCGUAUCCUCGCAGGGUCGGGGAGUCAGCAAGGUAAUCGUGGAUGUGCCAUUUACCGAUAGCUGGGUUUCUUCGGUGUACGUGUUGACCUGCCUCGAGUCUCCACCGAGUCCUAGUAUAUAAUGUAGUAAAUACUGCCAGUAGCCUUGCUUCACUGGUAAUAGCAUCGUUAAAUAAUUGUAACAUUCUUUGAC